AUGUUCACCAGUGCUUUAUUAGCUGUUUUAUGUUAUAUUUGGGCUGGACCCAUAAAUGUGGCCCUUGCCAGACCCGUAGAUAGUCUACCAGGUCAAGAUGAGCAGUUCAAAGAUAAUAUCGCUGGACCGUUGUGGUCCGAAGGCGGUCCAGUCGUAACGGACGUUUUACAGGGACCGGAAGGGGAAUGUUGGUUUCAAGCUACUUUGGCUGCACUCGUCAAAUGUCAUCCAGCCACUAUUACAAAUAUCGUGGAAGAUAUCGGUAUAGGCAAUGGUGAGGAGGGUAAAGAUACAGAUAAGGCAAAGAUCAAACUUCUUACUAAAGAUGAUGAAUGGAAGACUUUUGAGGUGGAUCACAAAUCUUCUGUUACGGGUAUAGCAGAUGGUUUAACCAAUUGGUGGCCAGCAGCUAUCAAAAGAGGAGUGAUGAAAAUGGGUGGAUAUGAGGGUGUAAAAGAAAAUACCCUAGAUGGUGGAAAAGCUUCAAACGCCUUGAGGUUCUUAACCGGUAAAGAGGUUGAUGCGAUAAUCGAGCCAACUAUCGCAGGAGCUUGGUAUUGGAUCAAACACUCCAACAAUAGCCGAAUGGUGAUCGGUACUCAAGGCGAUACAUCCAAGUUAAAUGACGGACACGCAUACGCUGUAAUGUCAUAUAGCGGGGAUGGACCUGAUAACGCAAGAGCAAGGUUACGUGAUCCGAAUAACGGAGUGAAAUGGUACGACCUCAAGGAUAUCGUAGACAAUAUACAGAAUAUCGCUGGAUUGGCAGGUUUCGCUAGUGUACCUUGA